AUGAUUGCCCUCGCUGGUGCCAUUGGAACGGGUUUGUUUCUGGGCAGUGGAAAGUCCAUACAGCGUGCUGGCCCCGUCGGCACUUUAAUCGGUUACGCAAUCAUUGGCGGUCUCGUCAUUUGCGUUAUGCUAUGCCUGGCCGAGCUGUCGGCGCUCGCCCCCGUCUCGGGCGCCUACGUGCGCCACGCCGAGUAUUUUGUCGACCCGGCCCUCUCCUUUGCCAUUGGCUGGGUCGCCGUCUACGGGCCCUGUGUGAGUGUUCCGAGCGAGUGGGUGGCCGUUAGUACCAUUGUGCGAUAUUGGACGGACCUGCACUCGGUUGUCUCCUUUUUGACCAACAUAUUUCUUAUCCGCAUCUUUGGCGAGGUGGAACUGGUAUCUGCCAUGCUCAAGAUUGCUCUCAUAAUUGGGCUGAUCUUCUUCGGACUCAUAUACGAUCUUGGCGGUGUACCUGGACAGCCACGAUUGGGUUUCUGGUACUGGGUUGAGCCUGGUGCGUUUGGAGAAGGAUAUCUUGUCCAAGGCUCAGUUGGCAGAUUUUGUGGCUUCUUCUCCGUCUUUGUUAAUGCGGUCUACUCUUUUGCUGGAGUCGAGACGACCUCUAUCGCAGCGGCCGAGACCAAGAAUCCGCGGCGAAAUAUACCACGAGCCGCAAAGCAUAUAUUCGUCCGAGUCUUUGUCUUUUAUAUUCUAUCGCUGUUCGUCGUGGGCUUGAUUGUUCCAUCGAAUGAUCCCCGGCUUCUCACGUCCACCGGGAAUGCAGCCCAGUCUCCAUUCGUCAUCGCUGCGCAGAAAGCCGGCGUCCGAGUUCUACCAAGCAUCAUCAACGCCGUGGUCAUCACGUCGGCUUGGUCCUCGGGCAAUCACGGUCUACUCCAAGGGUCGAGAUCGCUAUACGCACUAGCGCUCGAGAGCAAGGCGCCGGCUUUCUUCCAGAGGACUUCGAGAUGGGGCAUUCCCUAUCUGUGCGUCAUAUUCCAGAGUUCCUUCAUGUUCCUGGCCUACAUGUCGCUCAACUCGGGGUCUAAUACGGUGUUUGGGUGGCUCUCCAACUUGACUGCUUCUUCGACGCUGGCGGUGUGGAUUGUGAUUGGUAUUUGCUCGCUCCGUGUAAGACGGGCCAUGGCAGUCCAGGGUAUCCCACAACACGAGUUGCCGUAUUCGGCUCCAUUGCAGCCGUAUCUUGCACAUGUGGUCUUGUGGUUCAGCUGUUUCAUCAUGCUCACUGGCGGGUUCUAUGUCUUUGUUGACGGCCAGUGGGACGUGUCCGACUUUUUCUCGUCAUAUUUCACCAUUCCCUUGUGCCUGGUGCUCUAUUUUGGAUGGAAGGCUUUCAAGAAGACCAGUAUAGUGCCGCUAGACAAGGUGCCGGUUGCUGCCUUUAUUGCUAUUGCAAAAGCGAACCCAGAGCCGCCUCUCAGGAAGAGGAAGGGGGUUGUAGGUUGGUUGGGGAGGUUUUGGUGGGACUGA